GUGCGAUUAGUUUCCUUCGAUUCAAAAUUCAAUCGUCGCCUGCGCUUGUUGGAGAUCUAAAGGCCUUCUUUUCUUCAUUUGAUGCUUUGGCACCUGACUAUUCUUGUGGAAGUGAUGCUUUUGCUCUUUAA